UCGUUCAGCUGACGCUCGUUUCUGUAGUCUAGCGUGUGGAUUGCUAUGUGUGAAAAGUUAAAAUGUCGGAAAAUCCAAAAGCAAACAACGAAAAUGGACCUAGCUGCCUGCAUUGCAGCGUGCACAGUUCAAAGCAGCAAUAUCAAGAAAUUUUUGAUGAAGUGGGCGUCGAAAUCGAGCUCGCUGAUCUUCUGGCAAAAUAUUUCCAAAUCGUUGUCAAGCCCGAUGCCCAUAAAUCGCAAUUGCUGUGCCAAGAAUGUGUAAACACGCUAAUACGCUUCUUUGACAUAGACGAGCUGCAGCGGCAGCAGGAUGCCGCCAAUGCAGAAAAAAAGACUGCCAAGCCGCAGGAGGAUUUACCACCAAGUGCUACUAAAAAGGUAGAGAAAUCCGCUAAAAAGGUGACGCCGACGUCGCCAAAGACAAAGAGCGUUGCUUCUCCAGUCAAGAAUUUGCCAAAACCCGAAGCAACUUCUCCAAUUGCCGUGGCUACAACUGCAGCAAAAGCCUCUAAUAAAAUCUUAACAGUUCUGCCCAAUCGUUUGCCCGAUAAGCCCAAGGAGAUUGUUACACGAAGUGCCAAAACCAAGGCUGGCGCGGCAGAUCAGGAACAAAUCAGCGCGCUUAUACGUGACAUUCUGGAUGAUGAAGAGCCGCAGGCCGAUGAUAAAUUGACCGAGGCAGCACCCACAGUUGGGCAGCUGGAAAAGCAAACUGGCAAAAAGCAGAGACAGCAGGAGACAGUGGAAGAGCAGCUGGGACAGCUGGAGGAAGAGGACAACAAUGAUGAGCUGGAGUUUCUGCUGGAGCAAGAUGAUAACUCCUCCGAUGCGGACGUGCGCCAUUUCAAAGUUGAGCGCAAGGUCAAACGCGCCGCUUCACGUUCCUUGUCCCAAUCGCAGUCGCAAAAUGAAAGUCAAAGCGAGGAUGAAUCAUUUAAAGUGGAGCCCUUUAAUUUUGUUUUAAUUAAAGAAUCUGACAACAUUGGCGAUCUGCAUGAAUAUCUAUCGACCGUGGUCAAGACCUGCUUUGAGACCUUGCAAUUCGAUUGGGCCACUGUCUGCCGUCAUUGUUCGCUGAAAUGCAGCAAAUAUGAAACUCUGCUCAGUCACAUGCAGAAAAGUCAUGAGCUGGCCGAUGAGCGCUACAGUUGUCCCAUUGAAGGCUGCACGGCGGAGGUGCAAGGACGCAAAUAUCUGGCCAUGCAUCUGGUGGUGCUGCAUGCACCUGUGGCAGAAAUCCCAAUUUAUGGCAAGUGUCCCGAGUGUAAUAUGACCUUCUCCAAUAUAUUGCAAUAUAAUAAACACUCUUGCGCACACGUCAUUAAAAAGCGUCGAGGCAUGCGCUUAUACUGUGAGAUGUGUGGCCUGGAGUUUCCCUCGUGGAAGCGCUUUAAUUUCCACAAUCAAUUUCAUUUGGAGCGUCACAGACCGCGCGCUUGCUUCGUUUGCAAUUUCGCAGACAACAACAUCGAUGAGCUCUUCCGCCAUUUGUAUUAUGCCCACGAACCGGAGGGCACACUCUUUUGUGAUCUUUGUGAUCGCAACUUUCGUGAUGCUGCCGUCUUUAUGGAGCACAACAAAUCGCAUGCGAAUGUCAGCAGCACCACCUACAGCUGCUCGGAGUGCAGCGCCAACUUUGAGACACGAGGACGUCUCAACGGUCAUCUGCGCUCCGUUCAUGGCAGCGUCAUCAGCUGCGAGCUGUGCAGCCGCGAGUUUGCCACAGAGGCGACCUACAAUCUGCAUAUGAAGACGCAUUUGAUCAUCGAGCGUCAGGUGCACGUGUGCAGCGGCUGUGGACUGCUCAGCGAUAGUAAAGUGAAGCUGCAGGCUCAUGUGGAGGCGGAGGAAUCGGCCUGCAUUGGCUUGGAGACCUAUGCGGAACUGUUGCGCAAUGCCUACGUCUGUGAAUAUUGCUCGGCAUACUUUAAGCAGAAGAGCGAUCUGCGUGCGCAUCGCGAUUCGGGCGUGCAUAAAGACGGACUCUUCAUAUGCCAUCCGUGUGACAAGGCCUUUUCCGACAUGAAACUCUAUCGCCAUCAUUUGCGCAACUUUCAGCAACAGCGCUCAGAUGUAUUGCAUCGCAAGCUAGAGAUAUGCAUCUACUAUAUGUGCGAUUAUGAGGAUUGCGCUGAGGCCUACAUUAACUGGAACUCGCUGUACACACACAAGCGACGCUCGCACGAUGCCAUUGCGAGAAAUGAGCCGCUGGUCAAGGAGAACGAAUGGAUCUGCCAGUUCUGCCAUAAGCAAUAUAGAUCCAAAAUGUCGCUUUCGGUGCAUGUGGCGCGAAGUCAUAAUAAUAAUAAUGUCGUUUGUCCUCUGUGCAAGGCCUCCUAUAAGGAUAACGAUGCUCUGACUAAACAUCACGCCUACUGGCAUGAGCCCAUGGAAUGCAGUUUGUGCCUGAAAGUGGUUAAAAAUCGUCGCAAUUACGACACCCACAUGAAUGUGGUGCAUUCGAAUAAUAAACGCUACUCGUGCAGCGUCUGCCAGAAGGGCUUCUAUCAUAAGAGCGAAAUGGAGGCGCAUCAGCGGCUGCAUAACCAAUCGUAUAGCUGCGACCAGUGCAGCUUCGUCACACGGAACAAGAAGUCGCUGUCGGUGCAUGUGCUGGGCCAGCAUUUCAAGCGUUUUGCCUUCGAGUGCAAGGCGUGCAACAAACGGUUCGGACGUCGCCAGGGCCUAUCGAAUCACAUGCAGCGUGUGCAUGGCUCACGUUAUACGUGUCGCGACUUCUAUGAUGGUGGAUGCAGCAAAUCGUUUAGCUCGACGACGCAACUGAAGUUGCAUGUGCGUAAGGUGCACAAUGGCAGCAUUUUCCUAGAGGAUGAUACAAUGAAGGGUGACGAACUGGAUGAGCUGGAGGAGCAGGAGCACGAGCAGGAGCAGCAGCAGGAUUGUGUCGUUUCUCAAUUUUGA